AUGCGUUUGAAAGUUUGCAGCGUGGUUGCGGACAAACACCCACCAUGGCAACCAGCAUUCUGUGCGGGGUUUGGCUUAGAGCUGCCAGGGCGGGCAGCCGGCGUGUGGGCAGACUGCAGCACAGAGAGCACAGGUGCCUUGUUGGCUCAUGCUGGAGGAUGCUGGGGCCAGCUGGAGUCCACCACGUGCUCCGCGCAGGGGCAGGCCCAGGCUCUCCAGGCGGCCGGGAGCGUGGAGGAUCGGCUGCCACCCGUGUUCCAGGGGAGGGAGCAGAGAAAAGUGAACAACAACUUCCCAUUUUCUUCCCAUGACAACACACACUUUCUACAGAAUGUAGGAGAGGAUUUUAAUUUUGGUAUGGGCCGAAGGAAGGUGGAACCACAGAGAGGGCAGCAGAAUCAUAAGAAUCACUUCCAAUGGGCUUCUGAAUCAGCUCCUAGGAGUGAAGAUGGCAUAACCAUUUAUCAGACAUCAUUCGUGAAAGUUAAGAGCACCGAGAGCCCGUUCUGUAGGCACUACCCAAACCACUGCUCAGAAAAAUCUCGCACUGACAAACCUGUUCCUGAGAUUGAAAAUAACAUGCAGCCAAACAAAUCAUCUUAAUUAUAAUACCAUCUUUGUAGCACUGACUUAUCAUCAUCAGAACCUUUUCUGCAAAUCUCAACUACUUUUCACUCAAAUGAAAAAAACACAUGUGAAGUGAAUGAAGUGGUAAUACAGCUGAGAGUCCAUUAAAAUCAGCAUUCCUGUGUUACUCUGAAGACAUGCUUUGCUCUAAACAUGUAGUGAAGAAGAGCAUUAUGAAGAAAAGCAUGAUGCCCCUUCAACUUCAGGAUCAAUGGUAUCACUACCUCAUGCAGCUGACAGCGUCUGUGUUGACAGAAGCAUAUAAUGGAACAGAGUCUUUGAAGGUUCACCACAGCAGGGAACAAAACCAGCAUGUUCAGAUCUGAGAAAUGCUGCUCUCACUUGGACUACAUGGCCUUCUGCAGGAUGUUCUGACACCUCGACCAUCUUGGCAUUUGCUUUGAGAACAGAUGGAGAAAGCGGUCCACGAUACGCCUGCUGGCCCAAAAGUGAGAAUCUAGCAGUGCCACGAGCGGCUUGCUGGCUGACAUCAACAGCACAGGAUGCUGCAUUUGAUUAGCUUUGCUUUCACAAGAAAGACCCGCUGUAUUGUUUUGAAGAAUGUGUUUGGUUGUUCUAACAAAGUUAAAAAUCCCCCGUGGCUACGUAAAUAGAACAUUCAAAUGAAACGGCUGCGAUGUCAGGGAUUAAAAAAAGCUCACAAAAAAAGUUCUGUCUACAGAUCGCAGUCAAUUCUGAAGCUGUAUCAGUUCAGAAGAACUUCUGGAUUUCUUUCUUUUUUUAUUUCUGAAAACAGACAUCUCUGGAAAUCCCACAAGUGGCUUUCUUACUUAGCAAACAGAGCUUGACUGCGUUCUGGUUUGAUAUUUUAGCUUACAAACACUUGUGUCGAAGAUUCUGGCUCGAAUCCUGGAAUUAUUUCAGAUGCGAUGGUGUGAUAACAAAAAAAAAACAACAAAAAACCAGCACCUCUCCAGGAUUUCCUGCCUGCCUCUUACUUCUGCCAGGUUGCUGUUGCUGAACAGGGAAAGUAGAAAAGCGAACACUGUAUUCCGGGGGUUUCUUCCAGGAAGGCUAUUUCCAUGGAUGUUGUGCAAGGAAACGUCCUUCGUGUUUUGAAAAGAAAAGCAUGGCAAACACACACACAAAAAAGGGUCACAUUAGGAAAAGCAGCACAGGACUGGCAAUGAGAACUUCAGUUUUCUCUCUGUAGCAUGUUUUUCUUCUUCCAGCCCCACUCCCUGCAGAGCAAGGCAAAGUCCCACCCUUUUCCUCCCCUCAGUAUUAAUCAUUCCUCCACAUUGGUAUCUUCAAAAUGCUUUCUUGGAAAACCAUCUUUCUGACUUCCUGGUAAGCGGUGCCUUACCACUUACAUGUCGAGCACUUGUGACAGCCUUGUUAGAUUAAUUCCAGAUAUGUGGUUUACAAGGGGAAGUCCGCGUUUCUUAAACAUUCUAAUGAGUAUUUAAAAAUACCGUCAAGAAUAGAUAUUGUGUCAAUAUCUACUGUUGUUGGCCUUUAAAGAAUCAAAAUGAGGGUUUACAUUUGGUUGUUAUUUUAGAAGUAUAAUCCUACGGAUUUGUGGAAAUCAAAAAAUUGAAAAAUGUGAUAAACCGCAUUCCAUGUUAAAGCUGUUUCAAAACAGGAAGAAAAGCUUAACCAGUUAGAGAGAUUCCAGGUUUUCUUCUCUUGUUCAAUAGCAAGUAACAGAUACUCACCAAUAAAUGUUUCACAUACUAGUUGAACAAGGUAAAGACCUCCAUUAGAUUUUCUUUUUAUUAGUGACUUUUCUAACAUCCUUGCCACCAUGGUAAGCAUUCUCAAGUCGUACUUCAAGCGAAAUAACCAACACCUGCCAGAAUUUUCUUGUCUCUUCUUAUGGAAAUUUGUUUAUCCACUUCAAUUUGAAUUGGUAUAGUCUCACUUGGGUGAUUUUUUUUUACAUAUAAACAUGAAAUAUAGUCACCUGGCAAACAAAUCACAUAGUGUGUACUGAAAGUAGGCCACAAGGUGUAUGAUAAAUUUUUGGAUCUGGAAUUAAUGAUCAAAACAGUAGGCUGAGUAAUACCUUGCAUCUGAGUACAUAUUAGCUUUGCAUCUGUUUCUAACAGGAAUACAUAAGACUGCUAGAUAAACUCUCUUUAAUGGAAACUUAGCAAGCAUAAUGGGUAAAGAAGAUAUGCAACUGGGCACUAUAUUGGUUUUUUUACAGAUUGAGACAUAAUAUUGUACAGCUAUGUGGAAACUGCCUCAAAAUGAAGUAAAAAAUCUUGUGCUUUCUCAAUAGUAGCACAAUACAAACCGUUACAAGCUGGGCAAGUUUAAGGUCUAUUUAAUAGUAAAAGCAAAACAAACAUCGGAGAUUAAAAGCAAGUGAAAAGAAAGUGAUUCUUAGCAAUAGAAUAAGGCAGGAGCUGUAGACGCCUUCAUAUUAAAAAAGGCAAUUAAUAUUUAUUUCAUAUCAAAGCAGAGCACUAAUUAGGGUUGUGCUUUUCCCAUCCCCCAGGGAAAUAAUCAGAUGAGUGAAUCUCAUCUGGAAAGUUCACGUAUGGCAAUGAGAAGCUCAUCAUGAAGAUAAAACCAGGAAAGAACCUGGGCGACCUGAUGAGAUGUUCAGCCUAUCUCACAGACUUUGCUCUCUAAUGGGGUUUAAAAGACCUGGUAUUAGUGAAUUUAUUUUCCUGGAUUUCUGGUGACACUUUCUAAAAGGCCAUGAUUAUAUAUAGCUCAGUCACUUGUCAGUGUCCUUUCAUUAACGCGCCUAAAGAAUCUUAAUUGCUCAAUCAGAAUAGCAGAUUUUUUCCUCUGAUGGUAAAGUUUAAGAGGUUAUUCAAGCCAAAGACAGAAAAUGGAAAUCCUGCCCAAAUUGAUCCGAUAGAAGGAGCAAACUAUUACAGGAAAAGUCAAGCGGGACAAGGAAGGAAAUUGAAAAGUAAAUAACUGAAGAUAGAAAGAUAAACAAGAACUGAUUUUGAAUAAACCAAAAGUAAGAGUGGCGGAGGAGUAGGGGACUCCAGCAGUGCUGGGUAUUGAUGGCAAUCAAAUGACACUGUUGAAAUAAACCAAAAAAUUGAAAACCAACACGUAAGCUAAGUUAAAUGGACUUCAACAUUUAAAUGUUGGAAAUGUUAAAUAAAACACGAUCUCUUGUACCUGCUGCUUACAGCUCUGUAUUAUGAGGGUUUAGUAAAAAUUGCGCGUAGCUUUAAGUAAAAUAUCCAAGUGAUGAAGUAAGCCUAUGUUUGCUACAGGGAAACAGCUUGAAAUGAUAAGUGGGAAUGAUAUAAAAUUUUCUGCUAAUGAAAAAUUGCUUUCCCUCUUUCCCACUCUCUCCCUUUUGUUUUGUUUUUGACCAAGUCUUGUCUGUAUGUAUGCCAAAGCAGUUUGUUUUCCACUGGAAAAUGCCAACACUUGUCAGCCCUUCCAGUAGCACCAUCAGAGUCCUCUCCUCGGAAAAAAAUUAAUCUUUGGGUUUUCGAUGAAAAAUUCACAUUUCUAUCUUAAAAGAAUUUAAAGAUAUUCUUGGAAAAAAAUCCUGUUUUCAACCAAAUGUAAGCCUAGCUGCACUGGAAGAGAUCUUUGGAAAAAUAUAGCUGCUUUGGAAAUUAUUCCUUUCUGGUUUAGCAGAGGUUUGGGUUUUGUUUUUAUUUUUUGUUAUGGUUAACUUAUUAAGAGAAUGAACUCAGCCUUUGAAAUGUCUAUGAUAAGUUGACAAAGCAACAACAUUUUCAA